AUGUUGUCGUCUCGACAAUUACUCCGUGCAGCUCCACGGCGGGCAGCCGCCCAGAUGGGCGUGCGCCGUAUGGCUACUGUGGGAGACUCUCCUCUCGACAGGCAAGUGAGGCAGAACAACCACGAGAAAAACAACUUCAUCAACUACAAGAAGAUGUCUGAGAACCUGGCAAUUGUCCGCCAGAGACUCAACCGUCCCUUGACAUAUGCUGAGAAGAUUCUCUACUCGCAUCUGGACGACCCUCACGGCCAGGAGAUCGAGCGUGGUGUCUCAUACCUCAAGCUCCGUCCCGACCGUGUUGCUUGUCAGGAUGCCACGGCUCAGAUGGCCAUUCUUCAGUUCAUGUCUGCUGGCAUGCCUUCUGUCGCCAACCCAACCACCGUCCACUGUGAUCAUUUGAUUGAGGCACAGACCGGUGGCGCCAAGGAUCUUACCAGGGCUAUCGACAUCAACAAGGAAGUCUACGAUUUCCUCUCUACAUCUUGCGCCAAGUACAACAUUGGAUUCUGGAGGCCUGGUUCUGGUAUCAUCCACCAAAUCCUUCUCGAGAACUACGCUUUCCCCGGUGGUCUUCUGAUCGGUACCGACUCUCACACCCCCAAUGCCGGUGGUCUUGGAAUGUGCGCCAUUGGUGUUGGUGGCGCUGAUGCGGUGGACGUCAUGGCCAACCUUCCCUGGGAGUUGAAGGCACCAAAGAUGAUCGGUGUCAAGCUUACUGGUGAACUGUCUGGCUGGACUUCUCCAAAGGAUAUUAUUCUUAAGGUAGCUGGAAUUCUGACCGUCAAGGGUGGAACCGGUGCCAUUGUCGAGUACCACGGCCCAGGUACUGAGACCAUUUCUGCAACUGGUAUGGGCACUAUCUGUAACAUGGGUGCCGAAAUUGGUGCCACUACAUCUCUUUUCCCUUUCAACGACCGUAUGUACGACUACUUGGCAGCCACCAAGCGCUCUGAGAUCGGAGACUUCGCACGAUCAUAUGCCAAGGAGCUUCGACAAGAUGAAGGUGCCGAAUACGAUCAACUAAUUGAGAUCAACCUCUCUGAACUCGAGCCCCACAUCAACGGUCCCUUCACUCCCGAUCUCGCCACCCCCAUCUCCAAGUUCAGCGAGGCUGUCAAGGCCAACGGCUGGCCCGAGGAGCUGAAGGUCGGUCUUAUUGGUUCUUGCACAAACUCUUCGUAUGAGGACAUGUCCCGCGCUGCUUCCAUCGCCCGUGAUGCUCUUAACCACGGCAUCAAGGCCAAGUCUCUGUUCACUGUCACCCCAGGUUCCGAGCAAAUUCGUGCCACCAUCGAACGUGACGGUCAAUUGAAGACCCUCGAAGAGUUCGGAGGCAUGGUUCUUGCUAACGCAUGCGGUCCCUGCAUUGGUCAAUGGGAUCGUAAGGAUGUCAAGAAGGGUGAGGCCAACUCCAUCAUCUCGUCCUACAACCGUAACUUCACUGGACGUAACGAUGCCAACCCUGCUACCCACUCCUUCGUCACCUCCCCGGAUCUCGUCGUCGCUAUGACCAUCGCUGGUUCCCUCCACUUCAACCCUCUGACUGACAAGCUCAAGGACAAGGAUGGAAACGAAUUCCUUCUGUCUCCACCAACAGGAGCUGGUCUGCCAGAGAGAGGAUAUGACCCCGGACAGGACACCUACCAAGCACCCCCGGAGGAGCGUGCUAACGUCUCCGUUGCUGUCUCACCAACCAGUGACCGCCUUCAGCUUUUGGAGCCCUUCAAGCCUUGGGAUGGAAAGGAUGCAUUGGGCAUUCCUAUUCUUAUCAAGGCCAAGGGUAAGACCACCACCGACCACAUCUCUAUGGCUGGCCCAUGGCUCAAGUACCGUGGACACUUGGACAACAUCUCUAACAACAUGUUGAUUGGCGCUAUCAACUCCGAGAACGGUGAGGCCAACAAGGUCAAGAACUGCACCACUGGAGAGUACGGCCCUGUCCCAGCCACUGCUAGAGACUACAAGAAGAAGGGUAUCCCGUGGGUUGUCAUUGGUGACUGGAACUACGGAGAGGGAAGCUCAAGAGAACAUGCCGCUCUGGAACCCAGACAUCUUGGUGGUCUCGCGAUCAUCACCCGAAGCUUUGCCCGUAUCCACGAGACUAACUUGAAGAAGCAAGGCAUGCUUCCUCUGACUUUCAUCAACCCAGAAGACUACGACAAGAUUCAGCCCGAGGACAAGGUUGACUUGAUGUGCACUGAACUGGCAGUUGGCAAGCCAAUGACCCUGAGAGUGCACCCCAAGAGCGGCGGAGAGCCUUUUGAUAUCAAGCUGGCGCACACAUACAACGAGCCACAAAUUGAGUGGUUCAAGAACGGAAGUGCCCUUAACACCAUGGCCAAGGCACAUGCUUAAGGGGUGUAAUUAGAAGUUGGGGGUGUUGGGUUUCUUUAGCUGUAAAUUCAAUGUUCUUUCCAUGUCUGUGCCCACCGAGCGUUGUGCAAUUAUAUGGGUGUCUCUGUGUCUGUGUCAGGGUUAGAUCGCAUAUACUACUGCUUCCAAUGGAUGAAUGUGUCAAGGUGCUAAUUCCAAUGGCUAAAUCGUGUCAGCCUUGCCAUUUCAGCCUCCAAUUAUUCUCUCG